AUGUCGCCUCGUCGACCGGUCGUGUCGCUCGUCGCCCUGUCGUGUCGCCUCGUCCGACGACCUGUCGUGUCGCUCCGUCGCCCUUUCCUUGUCGCUCCGUCGCCCUGUCGUGUCGCUCCGUCGCCCUGUCAUGUCGCUCAUGAUGAGUCUUCCGCGGACGAGGUAUCGCGCGCGGGCGGGAGUGCAUCAUCGAUAACCCCACACGUGGGCCUGCCCAAAUCUCCUCCGCACUUCCCUGUUUCCCCCUUCGCUACACUGACUCCCCCAUGCUUCGCUACACUGACUCCCCCAUGCUUCGCUACACUGACUCCCCCAUGCUUCGCUACACUGACUCCCCCAUGCUUCGCUACACUGACUCCUGCAAACCCCUCCCCUUGCCAGCAGUGCUCUCGUUCUCCCUCUGCUGCGCAGCGGGCAGCGCCGUGCGGCGAGAGCUCCUGGAUGCGAGCGACGGCCUCCUGUCCCAAACGGUCAGCACCACGGGCAGCACCACGGGCAGCAGCGGCGGCGGCAGCACGCACCACUGGGAGCGACACCACUGGGAUCAGCAGCACUGGGAGCGGCACCACUGGGAUCAGCAGCACUGGGAGUGGCACCACUGGGAUCAGCAGCACUGGGAGUGGCACCACUGGGAUCAGCAGCACUGGGAGCGGCACCACUGAGAGCGGCACUGGGAACCAAGCUACCUCAGUGCUCAGCUCACAAACCAACACGAGCGCCAAGUUCAACGUCGAUGUUAACAUCACAUCGGCGCAGCAAAGGGCGCUCUUCACCUUCACCGUGAAGGCUGUGCCAAGGACCCGAGCGCCAGUCUUCUCCAACUCCUCCUACCACACCAACACGGGUCAGCUCGUGGCAACGUUUGCAUGCGUGCCCAAGCCCACCACCACACUUGGCACCUACCGUUGCACCGCCAGUUCUCUGGCCAACAUCACCGUGCCGUUCAGGCCGGUGAACAGGCCCAAGGCGCUGGUGGAUGCAGGGUUCUUCUCGAAUCCCACCGCCUUCUACUCCACCAUCAAAGUGAAUGGCAUCACGCUGCGCGGCAGUAUCACCGCCUCUGUUGCUAACCUGUGA